GGGUCGCUGUAACCGCAGGCGCUGAACGCCACUGACGCACAGACUCACUGCAGGAAUAACAACAUGGCGGACAAUUCAAAAGAGCAGCUGCUGUCUAUGCGAGUUUACAAUAGCCUUCAGAGUCUGGGCUGUCCUCUGGUGGAUGGGCUGUACCUGCGGGAGCCGGACAGUGUGCAGGAGCUCCUCUGCUCUCCUUCAUUACACAGGACAGAUAUACUCAAAUGGAUUUGCGCCAGCAUUUGUCCAUCCCUAAAGGAGAAGUUUUCCACAAUGAAAUCAACUCAGAAUGAGGAUUUAGUUCAAGAACUCACACGGUUUGGUUAUGAAAUGAUGUUAUGUAAAGCUAAUGACCAGGAUUUGAUUAAGGGCCGUGCACCACCAUUGCGGCAACUAAGGUUUCUGGAGCAGAUUCUAAUGGUGAUUCAAGCAGACUCCUCCAUAAACUCUAGGCAGAACUCAUGCUCUGGUGAUGACAGUGUAAAGAACGAUGAUCUUCUUGGGGAGCUGAUGUUUCAGGACCACUUAUCUGACCUGGAUAUGCUCCUGAAUCCAGUCUGCAACCCGUGGCCUGCGCAUAUCCGUGAACAUAUAAUACGCACACAGUCAACUCGCAACAAAACAAACGGAAACCACAGUAAACCCAGCGAUUUCAUAAACAGGAGUGAUCAACAUUCCCGACUAGGAAGUCAUGGAGAAGAAAGCCUGACAGAGGCCAUGGCGCUGCUGCAGUCUACCCAGAGCACAUUAGACGAGCUCCACAAAGAGUGUGAGUUCCUGCAGUCACAUUCGUCAGGCUCUGCAGCUGUGCUGUCCCCCUGUGCGCUGAAAGUGGCCAUCUCAGACAUGUCUCUGCUCAUGACUUCUUUCGGACACAUCUACAACACAGACUUUAAGGCGUACUGCCAGAGAGCCCCUCCGGCCCUCAGUUCUGGUGCAAGUGUGUUUCAGUCUGUACAUCAGCUCCUGCACACCUGUAAUACGGAGCUGGAGGCUCUUAAGCAGCUGUCUGAAACCUCAUUGUCUCUCACACAAACAGUGCAACAGCUGCAGACAGACAAGCGGUACUGGUCUAAAGGAGAGAAGCACACGCUGCCCGAACGAUUAGAGGAGCUAAAGAACAGAUAUGUGACUUUUCUCUCCCUUCACCAAUCAUAACCUCAAGGACUAAGCAGAAAUCUACAACCUAGUUUGAAUUUUAAUUGGUAAAGGCAUGAGGUGUAAAAUGUAAUAACACCACUAUGCUGUGCACUGUUAUGCAGAUUUAUACUAGGAAUAAAUAACAAAUUGCUGUUUGUGAACUCCAAGACAUUGAUCAAUAGGCAUUCCACUUAUAAAAUUGCCUUCAAAUAGUAUACACUUAAUAGUUAUAAACUAUAAUCCUCUUUCUUUACAAAAGUCUGUUAUUAGUAUGUGUAGUAGCAAACACAAGCGUAUCUUUCACUGUCAGUGUUUGAUUUGCAAUCAUGUUAUGACAUGUUUUUUUUGUUUUUUUUAAAUAAAA